AUGGCUGGGUUACGGCUUCUUGUUGUCGUGCUGGGUAUGUCUGUGUUGGUUCAGCUUGCCCAUGCUGUAGACUCCACGAAUGCCCACGCUACGUUCUAUGGAGGUGGUUGUGGAAACCUCUCCAACACUGCCGUUUGCAACAAUGGCUUCAGCUGGGGAGCAUGCUAUCACAAAAGUACAACGAUGCUUACAUCUUGUGCAAAUUUACCGAUUUUGAUGGGGCUUUUUGUGGCAGGAAUUGUAAUAUUUUUGUUAACUUUAGCCACUCUUUUGAUCCUGCUAAGUCCCAUAUUGAUACCUGUGGGAAUACUGUUAUUUAUGACAGUUUUAGGCCUCUUUGCUGUGGGUAUUUUUGGAGUGACAGUAAUUUUGGGUUUUAAAUGGCUUUAUAACUACUUGAAAGGCAGAAGUCCCAAUUCUGAUGGCAUAGCUCAACGCUCUGCAGUUUAG